UAUUAUAGUUAGUUUCAUCAAAAUUUUUGGCUUCCUUCCUGGCUGUCAUUUGAACUGUGGCAUUUGCUUAAAGUGUGCAGUCAAACUGGCUAAUCUGGGUUCAUGCAUCUACAAACACCACAUGUAGUAAAACGGUUAUCUUUUAAGAAAAAUGUAAGAUUAGCUAAAUGGCGAUUAAUCCUGGCAUAUGAUAAUUAUUGAAGAGCUUAGAAGUAAACUAUAAAAAUGGCGAAGAAAGGUAAAAAAGGUAAAAAGGGAAAAGGUAAGAAGAAGGAUAAAAAACCAAAGAAGGAUAAAGGAGAGAAAGGUAAAAAGGGAAAGAAAGGUAAGAAGGGGAAGAAGGGUAAGAAGGCAGCAGCUGCAGCCGCUCCAAAACCAGAAGCCGCCCCAACUGAGACGGUAGCACCAGCUGCCGUUGAGAAAAAAAAGGAAGGUUGUGGUUAUGAUGCUGAUGACUGUGGCAAAGGUAUGAUCCAAUGUGAACCAAAUCGUUAUCCGGGUUUACUACUUACACCUGAGCCGCUAGCAGUUGUUGGUUCUGAAAAUGGUUCCUACGAAAGUAUUUGUAAGCUUUUGCGUGCUGGUUUGCGUUGUGCUGAACGCGUGCUCAUUAUGACACCAUGGGGUUAUUACUGUCUAUUUCGUGUGCAAAAUCCUAUGAAAUGCUGCUUCUUCCUAUACGAUGGAUGUGUCUGUAAUGUCAAUCGUUUCCGAUACCUGGAUCUUAAUGUUGGCACAGCGGGUAUGUUAUAUUUUGAUGACAUACAUGCCGUAAUCAAGUACAUUAUACAAUCUCGUGCUGAUCAUCUAUUCAUGAAGAUGCUGAAGAGGACCACUGUGGAUGAGAUCUGCGAGGAGUUUUCGUAUCGCCAUCGUAAUACAAAUUUCAAUACCAGCUGUCCCAAUUGCUCUUAAACAAAACAAAAGUUCUUCUAAGAUUUGAGGAAACGUUAUUGUUUAAUCAUAUCUUAUGUAUUGGUUUUGCACAUUAAUAAUGUGUUGAACUACAAAACCAAUACGGAAAAUAUUGCCAAACAAUAACGAUUGCUCUUAAGUGCUAAAAAGAAAAACAUCAAAGAAUGCAAAACAAUACUGACAGCCAAAUAAAAAUUCGAACAGUUCAACCAA